UGAUAUUCGUCAGGUCCUCCUCUAUCCUAUAAGCUUCAUAUUGUCGACUUAGUUCACGCCUGUAACGAAAUUUAUCCAGGCUACAAUCAACUUCAAUAUAAUUACAAUUUACUUCCGCUCUUCUAGGCAUUACCUAUUACAUACUUUCAAUGCAACUGCCUAUUCGAAAUGAUCAAAGCAAAUAUAGGUAUCGGCGGCUGAAUAAAGCCACCGCGAAUGAGCGCGUCAGAAUCCUCCGCAGUGAUUUCCCCUAUUAGCCAUGAACUCCAACUCGAAUAUACUAGGAAACUCCGGCAGUUACCAAGAACAUAUGAGUUCAAGUUAUAAGAAUGAUGAACAGGCAUUGAUAGGAACGUCACUUGUUUCACUCGCUCUCCUGAUAUGUGUAUCCCUGGCACCUCCCUAGCUUGUAGCAUUGGACGACUACCUAAGCACUAUGUUAACUACCAUCAUACUGACUUCGCUACUCCUGGCUACGGCAGCAGCAGGUUCAGCCUCGGACGCUCAGGAAGCCAGGAAACGCCCUAUCAUUCUUAGUAGAUCUGGCGGCUUCGUAGUGGGAGGCAGUAUCAUCAAAAGCCCCGCCUUUGCUAAUUCUACCCUCUCCUGCGACCAUGGGUACAUGGAAUACUUUAUUCCCUGGAGGCCGCGGAGCACGAGCAUUGUAAUGUGGCAUAGCGCAACUACGCAGGCAUUUCAAAACCGCUGGGACGGUGGUGAGGGCUACAAGGACAUGUUCCUACGUCGCCGAUACCCUGUUUACCUCUGGGACGGGCCUCGGGUCGGACGAGCUAAUUGGGCAUGCGAACCAUAUCUCUACACACCCUCAUACAGAGACCAGGGCAACUUUGUGGCCUGGAAUUUCGGUCCCUCAUAUCCAAAUUUCUGGCCAGGUGUGCAGUUUCCUACUGAAGACCGUGAGGCAUGGCAACAAGCGACUAGUGCCCGCUACGUCGAGUUCGACACCAAUAAGAACGUGCAUCUCGAGUCUCAAGCAGCCGCGGUCGCUGCAGACUCGGGCCGACUUGGAGAUAGCAUUGUGUAUCUUACCAACUCAGCUUCCGGCCUACGUGCCCAGUUAACGGCCACCAAGAGCAACUCGACAAACAUAAAAGCCAUUGUAGCCUACGAGUCCUACGGUUCCGUGUUCCCUGAUACGUACAAUAUUACCGCCGGAGAGCCAUUUGGCCCCUUGAAGGUUCCCCUUGAAGAAUUUAAGAAGUUGGCCAAGCUUAAAGCCAUCCAAUUUGUGUGGGGGGAUCACAGAGAGGAAAGCUUUCCAUUUCUUCGGCAGACGAGACAAGUGGCCAAGCUCAUUAACAUGUAUGGUGGGAACGCGAAAGUAUUCUUUCUAACCAAAGACGGAGGGCUCAAGGGAAAUACUCAUUCUGCAUUUGCGGACAUGAAUAAUGACGAAGUUGCAGGGCUCUUGGACGAAUUUCUCGAGGAAAAUGGCCUCGACAGCUAUGAUAGAGCUACAGAGGAUAAUAUCGAUGAUCUAUUAGAUCAAGACUGGCUGAGGAAGAAUUUCAACUAGUUGGGAAACAUAUGCUAAGGCUCGUCGCUUUUUGGAUUCAUACCUACCUAUCAUGGAUGCUAAAAUACGUCGAAGAGGCUAGGUCAUGAUUUUGUGUUGUUUAAUUUUUAAACCACGUCCGUGACAAUGAACGUUAAACUCUCAUCGCCCUUAACUAGAUAAAAUUUUAACUACCGUUGCGUAAAUAUAGAGGGU